AUGGCUGCCCGCUCUUCACAGCCGCGAACCCCCCUCGACUCGAGACACACCGACCAGGGCACCUAUUAUUAUUUCAUCCCGAGCGAGGCCCGCAAUGCCCUGAUCGUGGUCAUCGGCGAGUUCAUCGGGACCUUGAUGUUCUUGCUGCUUGCCUUCAUCGGCGCACAAACCGCCAUCCUCACCAACGCACCUGGAGAUCCCAAUGCGCCGAAGUCGCCGUCCGCCCUCUUGUACAUAGCCGCGUCUUUUGGAACCUCCCUUGCUGUCAAUGUCUGGAUAUUCUUUCGUGUCAGUGGAGGCAUGUUUAAUCCUGCUGUCACACUCGGUCUUGUCCUCGUCGGCGCCGUCUCACCAUGGCGGGCUCUUUUGAUCGUACCAUCCCAAAUAGCAGCCAGCAUCGCUGCCUCAGCUCUCACAUUUGCUCUUCUCCCCGGUAAUUUGAGCGUCGCCAACACACUCGGGGCCCAAACCAACCUUACGCAGGGACUCUUCUUGGAGAUGUUCCUGACAGCCCAGCUUGUGCUCACAGUAUAUUUCCUUGCAGUUGAGAAGCACCGGGCCACUUAUCUUGCCCCGAUUGGCAUCGGCGUCUCGGUCUUCAUUGCACACAUGGCUGGAACCAACUACACCGGCACCUCCAUCAACCCCGCGAGAUCCAUCGGCCCUGCCAUCUUCGUGGGCUUCACCAGCUACCACUGGAUAUACUGGCUGGGCCCCGUCAUGGGCGCGCUCCUCGCGUUUGCCGUGUACACCCUCCUGAAGUGGCUUGACUACAGAACGGCCAACCCAGGACAAGAUGCGGAUGACAUCGAGAUGGCCUGCCGCGACGGCCUUGCCCCCCUUGCACCCCUAAUGAGCGGGUCGCGGAACAUCUUCACAAGCGACGGCAUCAUUAAAAUCAGCACCGACAAUCUGCCAUCAUUAAAGGACAGCAGACCGACCACACGCUUCGGUAAUCGAACUCUGGGGCCCCCAACACCCCAUCUCAACGUGCGCUUUUCUUGGAACAAAGAAUAA